CCCACGUACGGCCGUCGUGGAGUAGUUGCCUUCCGGUGGCUUUUCUUUUUUCGCCCUUUCGCCCGACUCGAGCACCGAUGGCGUCCUAAUUACUCUGGUCAAGUAACUACACUACUACUUGACUAGUAACCUUUAGUAGUAGCCAAACUCGCAUAUGCAGACCGGACGGAAUUUCUUACGUCUUGGGUUUCUAUUUAUUCCCGGAUCGAGAGUCGAGGCCCUUAUGUCCUCGGCUCACCUCGCACACAUAUGCGAUGCGCCCUCUGUCAGAUUGAUCAACUCUGGAUCUGCACUAGUACUACUACUCAAUAAUCCUGGUACACGCUGCAUACAUACUCCUAGCUGGACAAAAAGCAGGGCAGUCAUUCCUACUUUUGGUAUACGCGAAAAAGGCUGUGCAAAACUAGCUUCAGGGUCCUCAAUAACCCCAACUAGCCCGCCGUAUCCGACGCCCUCCCCGCGAAGGCGGUGCAAAAGGGGGGAAAGGGCUGAUGUUUGAGCAGUCUUGGACCCUGACACCAACGCAACUCGAUCAACCCUCCAGAGAGAAGAAAAGGGGAAGUGCAAACGCGCGAUUAGCUCAUUGCUCCCUUUGAGCACCAGGUCCGUCUAUCUAUCAAUGGGUGGGCUGCUGCUGCUGCUUUUGCUUCUGAUG